AUGUCAGGCGACCUGGAGGCGGGACCGGCAUCGUCGGCGAUCGGCUCCAUCGACAAACCCCAGCCGACGGAGCAGCACGCUGAGAAACAAUCUGGCGCUCGUAAGGGUCCGAAGAGACGUACCAAGACAGGUUGCUUAACUUGUCGAAAACGUCGAAUUAAGUGUGGAGAAGAGAAACCCACGUGCAGCAAUUGUGUCAAAGCCAAGCGCAUCUGUGAAGGUUACGCGCGGCGAGUGAUCUUCAAGAAUCCACUCGGGCUCAUCGGAUCUUAUGGCGCUUUGCCAGGUCAAGGUCAGUUGCAACAGCAGCAGCAACAACAACAACAACAAGGGCCAGUUCCUACGUACAAUGGCUGGACUGGCGCAACAGCGCAACAUGCCGCGGCGGCGGCGCAGCACCCGAUGCUGGCUCCUCGACCUAUUGACCCAGCAGCUGCGGGAUAUUACAUGUCUCAGCCAUACGAAGCUGCGCCGUCGACAGUAGAAAAGCAAAAUUCGGAUGCGCAUCAGUUCUGUUAUCCGCCUCCUACGAGACAGGCGCCCCCUCCAGAAUGGCCUGCCCAGCCUACACGGAGACCAAUGCCCUCAGACCAUUCACUUUCAUCCCAAGCCCUGCCCCCUCCGCUGGGACAAAUCGCUGCUACUUCGGAGGCAGUCCAGCAUGAGUUACAGACUCAUCGAGUUGGGUUGGAUGAAUCGCCUUACUCUGGGGGGCCGCUCUCGCAACAUUCUCAGUCCAUCGUCUACUGGACCAAUGAGCAACUGAGUCAAGGGAUCGGCUUCAACGGUGGAAUGCCGGUCCUCUGGGAUACUGAAAAUCCAACAGCAUUGGAGGUUCCGCCCAUCCCUCAGUCCGACCAGCCCCUUGCGGCUGGAUAUCAGUAUUCAGCCCAAUUUGGGCAAGGUUCCUCGCAUGUUGACACACUUGAUCAUCAAAAUCAGCAAUAUCAGCCGCAAAUCGUCUACGUCGAAGAUGAGAAUGAUGACUACUUCGACGUAGACUCCGACGAUGAGAUGGCAGGACCAAGUCAAGUGGAAGGUUAUAAUCAACUCAGCUUGAUCAUGGCGUCGGCCAACAAUGACGAAAGCCGAUUCCGAUCAUUCACAGCUCAUCUAAACGAGCCGAACAUUCUCGCCUCGUAUACACCGAGUCUUGGUUCUAGUCCUCUUAACAACCCCACAACUGCCCGCAUUUUCGCUCACUUUAUCCACUCAACUGGGCCGUCAUUAUCAAUAUUUGAACGUCAUCCAACGGAUUCUUCCAUUGCUUUGGGAGGUCCGGUUCCUCCAGCUCAGCAGGGCCUCUGGACGUAUACCUUACCUCUCAAAGCAUUAGAAAAUCCAGAACUACUACAGGCUGUUCUCGCCGUGAGCAGCUUGCACAUCGCAUAUUUGCAAGGCACAUCUACUACAGUGUCCUUGAAACACUACCAUUACGCUCUCAAGCGCAUCGGUCGAGCGGUGGGUCUGCCUCUCCGACGUAAACAAAUUGGGACGCUGGCGGCCACCCAACUUCUUGCAUAUUACGAAGUCAUUUCCGCAGACCACUCCAAAUGGAACAGCCACGUUGCCGGUGCAGCUCAGCUGAUCAAAGAAGUUGACUUUGCUGGGACCACACGCGACCUCCGCGCAUAUCGGCGAGAGAUUCGUGCACAAAGGCAGCAGAUGGGAUGGUCGAAUUCUAUGAUGUAUCAUCACAGCUUUGGUUCCGAAUCAAGUGAAGAUGACCCCUUCGCGGAAAAAGAAGACAGUGUGGAUGAAGGGCUCAUUGGGACAAUUCUGGGCAGAGCAGUCAACUUCGAUGAUUUUGGGCAUGUGGACAUUGGUCAACGGCGCCGGGCCAAGAAAAAUUUCACUCGUAAGGAAAUUGAGAGCUUCCGGAUACAGUGCGAUCUCUACUGGUGGUUCACGAAGCAGGAUGUCUUCCACAGCUUUAUCAGUGGAGAGAAACUAUUUAUGCCCUAUGACAGGCAGUGCCAGUGUCCGCCGCGAGCAGGUGUCGGCCGAAUCGAUGCUAUCUAUGGAUCCGCGGACCAUCUCUGGCUGUUGCUCGCACGGGUUACGGACUUCGGUUACCGUGAUCGUAAACGCAAGAUCCGAGCCCUCCGUGCAGCUGGAACGGAAUGGAGACCAACCCCGGGCAUGUUCAAAUUCAUGGGUCGCUUUGCCGGUGGGAAUCCCAAUUCCAUGAAGGGAGCGCCUCCACCUCGUGGCCCUCCGGGAGGACCAACACCUACAGGAUCGUCGACUAGCCAGCGCUCCAGUCCUCCUGAAUCAGAUUCGCCCCCCAUGUAUGGCAUGGUCCCACCCCAAGGCCCAACACGGCUGCCAUCUGGAUUUGUGGACGGCGCUCGCGAUCGUCGAUCAUCUCCCCAGGAAGACGACCAUAGCCAGGACGUCACAUACACAGAAGCGGAACAAGAAUGGGAGGAGAUCUUAUCAGCCAUGGACACGCUUGUCGACGCAUUCGGGCGCCACUUUGAGCCUCUUCCGGCUGAUGUCACACAGUCCAUCCCCACGCCCUUUGGUCCUGCGUUACAGUAUCGCACCCAUACCGUUGCGGUCAUUUGGGGGUUUUACUACGCAGCCCGCAUUCUCCUCUAUCGACUUCACCCGUCCAUGCCUCCAGCUAUGAUGAUGGCCGCUGGAGUGGCUGCAGCGACCACAGCCGAGUAUGCUCAAAUCAUCGGGCGAAUCACGGGUGGUAUAUACUACCCACAGCGGUAUAACCUCCAAGCUGGCAGCUUGAGUCCCACACUCGGUUCCUCGCUCACCGAGAUGACAGUGCCCAUCUUCUUUGCUGGUGUACAGUACAUGGACCCUGCACAACGUGGAUGGACCAUUGCCAAACUGCGAGACAUCUCUCGACUGACAGGCUGGAAGACCUCCGAGGCCAUUGCAAGUGGGUGUGAGAAGGCCUGGACCUGGCCGCUAGACAGGGCCGGGGCCCUCCCUAUGACCGCACUGCGGAAGUUGAUGAGACUCGAGGACCCCCUUCUUCUCAACCGUGUUGGCGCGCACGACAACGAUGAGCGACGGUUUGUGACGGUCGACACCCAUGAUCGCGCCCAUUACGCCAUGGGUCUUUUGAGUUUGGAGGGUGAUAUGCAGACCUUGGAGUUCCUGUCUCGUAAGGCGUUUUCCGUGCCUUCAGUUCCCCCUGCAGCUUCUGCUUUCGAAGAACAUCGAGGUUUCGUCUUCCCCUGUCCCCCCAUCCCUUUUCCACUCAUCACCCGUGGUUCUUUCGACUCACACCCCCACCCGCCGUCGGCCCGCGAGUCAGCCGGUCCCAUCAUCCACGGUAACCAGCUUCGUUCAGCUGCCAACUUUGUCCCCCCCCCCCCCCCCCCCCCCCCCCCCCCCCCCCCCCCCCCAAAUCACCAACAAGACUUCGAUCCACGGCUCAAGUAUCGAAUCAUGUCGCGAUACGAGGAUUAUCGUUCCUCGGCGGGCAGCUUUGACACCCGCGACCGAUAUGAGCGUCGUCAAUCUCGUGGCCCUGCCGUCAUGGAACGACCCCGCCACGUCGAAGACGAACGGUUCGAGUUUCGCAUGCACGAGGAAGACCGAUAUGGUCCCCCUGCACGCGCUCCGGGCCGGCACUAUGAAGAUGAGCAUCUGGUACGCUCCUCGGGCCCCCUCGUAGCGCAUGACCGCCGCCGACGUCGCGACGAAAGUCCUUCUUUUGCUCCGCCUCGACUAGUUAGGCGGCAGUCCUCCCUCGACACUUUUGAUCGAAUCCCUCGCCGCAGGAUGGAAACCCUUGAGGUCUCUGAUCGGCCGCGAGGAGCGUCUCGUGCGUCUCGUGCGCCUCAUGUCCCUCACCCGCCGCGUUUCUCUCCGGGCCGUUAUCGUGAGCGGGAAGUAUAUGAAGACAUUCGUAUCGCAGAGCCAGAUCUCUACGGCGACGAAGAGUUUCGAGAGUUCCGGGAACGUACAUCGAUGGGCCAUCAUCGUCGCCGCUCUAGCAGCGGCACUCGUUCGCGGCGAGAGGAAAAGCCGUACCCUCGCAAGGGCAAGACCCGUAUUCCCCGUAAAUGGGUGCAUGUGCAUGCCAUCCUAGAUCUGGGCUAUCCGUUCAAAGAAGAUGGCGAGGUCAUUGUUAUCCAGAAAGCCCUAUCAAAAGAGCAAAUCGACGAGGUUAUCAGUUUGAGCAAGGAAUUUCGAAGGCCCGCCGAACAUGUGGAAACUGAAUAUUUGCGCGUGUCUCGAUCUCCCGUGCGAGCAAUUCCUCGCGAACGGGUCACCACCGAACAUCUGGCUGUUGACUCGCGUCACCGUGAUACACAUUAUAUUGAAGCUUCACCGCGCAGACAUGGAUACGAAGAAAUUGACUAUGAGGAGUACACUCCACGAGCGCGGACUCUACUCGUCUCACGCCCCCGAUCCGUGUCGGUGAAUACACAGGCUCGUCCAUCCACCUCUCUUCAACUCAUUGAGCCGCGAACCUACGCCGAGGAGCGGAUUGAGACCCGACCGCGCAAUUCAGGACAAAUGGUCCUGGUCCGGCCACGGGACAGUGACCGUGAAGUUGACCAGUAUGUCCGUGAGCUGGAAGAAGAGGCGAGAAUGCUACGAUUAGAGCGACGAGGAGGCUACGAGGUCACUCGGGAUCGAGAAACCGAUGUGAUCGAUAACAAGGGAAACGAGAUGGAGAUUCACGAAGUGCGACGAACAGAGCGCAAAGAACCUAGCGCGGGUGUGAUGCGUGCCAUGCUAGCGACUCUCACAUGA